AUGGACUACCACGAGCGGCUUUAUUGGGAAAAGCAAUACAAGGCGGGCAACUUUGGCGAAGUGUACGAAUGGCUGGGAAGUGGGGACGAUCUGCUGCCGUUUGUCUUGAAGGAACUGGUCCUCGAUGUGGAGCGUGAGAAGAACGAUGGCGGUGCCUCUAGCAGCAGUUCUGGAGCGCCAGCCGCUGCAGCAGCAGUGGCGUCUUCCGCCGGGGGAACCGGUGCUGGCAGUGGAACUACGAGCACUACGAGCUCGAGCAGCUCCGCGACCAAACGGAUCCUCCACGUCGGCUGCGGCAACAGCUUGCUCGGCGUGCAGCUUGAGGAGCAGUUGAACAGCAUAAGCGGCAUAUUUGCAGAUGCAGGUACCACCUGUUCAUCAUCCGACGCGACGACGACUUCCUACGCCAGUACUACAAUUGUCCCAAAAAGUUGUAGAACAGUGGUGGUUGACAACCUGGACUACAGUCAGACGGUGAUUAACCAGAUGAAGGAGCGUUUUCCCGAGCACAACUGGUACAAGGUCGACGUCGUUGUUGACGGGUUGUUGAAGCACGUAGCGGACAAGAAAAAUUCCGUUCACGCCGUGAUCGAGAAGGGACUGGCGGACGCUUUGCUUGCGAAUCCGGAUGGGAAAAAGAGGAACCAAGCACUUGCGGCUUACUUACAGGAGAUAUGUGCGGUUUUGGCAACAGGUGGUAAUCCUGUCAAGAAGGCGAGUGUAGCUAGUACCGCGCUGAUUUUCACGCUAGAGGGUAAGCGGAUGAAGGAAGCGAUUGCGGAAUGCGGUGGAUUGCCGGCCAGCCUGGAGUUGAAGAGUCUGCAGAGCUGUCGUAGGAAUUAUGCAGAAGGAACUGCAAAAAAUAACGAAGUCGAAGAUGAUGACGAAAUGUGCUCUCUGCUUGUGUUGCGAAAAAGAGUGAAAGAAAUUGGCGUUUUCUGCCAGAAAUGCAAGAAAAAGAAUCUGUACGCGAACAUCACUGCAGGAAGUCGGUGCGGCAGGUGCGGAUGUCUGCAUCGACCCUAG